AUGAAGCUCCAAGUUCUUUGGAAACUACAACUCGAUUGGGAUUCACCCGUUCCUCAUGAGUUUGGACAAGACUGGCUAGAUUUUAAGACUAAACUGUCCGGCUUCGAACAACUCCGCAUUCCUCGACACGUUAUAAGUCCCGUCUUCAAAAGAAAAGAACUGCACGGCUUUAGCGAUGCUUCUCAGAUGGGAUACGGAGCUUGCGUAUAUUUGCGUUCAAUCCAUAGUGAGAACCAGUGCACGGUUCGUUUGCUCAUUGCAAAAUCCAAGGUCGCUCCCGUCAAUAUCAAGACUAUCCCUCGUCUAGAGUUGUGCGCAGCACUGCUCUUGUCGAAACUUCUGGGUCAGGUUCUGGAGAAUAUCGACAAUACGGUUUCAAUUUUCCUCUGGACGGAUUCCACCAUCGUUCUGAACUGGAUUUCCGGAAUACCUCAAACCUGGGCUCCAUUCGUUGCGAACCGUGUGGCAGAAAUACAGGAGCUGACUGUUAAAGCUACAUGGAACCACGUACCAUCACAAGACAAUCCAGCUGACUUCAUCUCUCGAGGAAUGGAUCUCGACGAACUUGUGGCAUGUGCACUGUGGUGGCAUGGACCACAUUGGCUUAGUUUUGCAACGUGUCCGUGGCCGGAGAAAUACAUUCCCAAGGCGAACAUCAACGAAGAAAGACGACAAGUAGUAGCUUGGCAGGCAAUCGAAGAAGAUAAAGAGGAUUUAAUCUACCGUUAUUCCAAUCUUGGUUAUCUCCUCCGAAUCGGUUCUUGGCUCCGCCGAUUCUGCGACAACUGCGUUCGCAGCAAGAAGAAGGAACCACUAGCAACAGGAUUCCUUUCUCCGGAAGAAAUCGAUCGUACGCUUAUUACACUAAUUCGUCGAGUUCAGCAGCUCCAUUUCAAAGAAGAAUACCGCCUGCUCAAUUCAGGUCAACCGGUGGGUCAUCAGUCGAAACUUCGCUUCCUUCAUCCAGAAGUGGUGAACGGAAUAAUCAGAGUUGGAGGUCGUCUACACAACGCAUCAAUAUCUAUCGACGAGAAGCAUCCCAUCGUUCUACCGACCAAGAAUCGAUUAACUGAAAUGAUUGCAAGGAGGGAGCAUCUUAAGACUCUCCACGCCGGUCCAAAUUUGUUGCUGUCCACUAUACGCCAACGAUACUGGCCUCUUGGCGGCCGGAAUUUAGUGCGUAGAAUUGUCCACAGUUGUAUGGUCUGUGCACGUGCGAAACCCAGAACUCUUGAGCAGUUGAUGGGAAAUCUACCGAGUGUAAGGGUCAAUCAGGCGUAUCCGUUCGAGAACGUUGGAAUCGAUCUCGCAGGCCCAAUCUACGUUCGCACUAUGUUACGAAGCUCCCGUAUCACCUUAUUGAAAGCAUACAUUGUCGUGUACGUCUGCAUGGCAACAAAGGCAGUCCACCUGGACCUUGUCAUGGAUCUGACUACUGAAGCAUUCAUCGCCUGUCUUCGACGGUUCACCGGUCGUAGAGGGAUUCCCGCACAUAUCUACUGUGACAACAGGACAAUCUUUGUCGGGGCUCAUCAAGAAUUGAAGGAACUUCGAAAACUAUUCAUCGGACAACAGCAUCAAGAAGCAGUAGCCAAGGCAUGUGCAGAUGAUAGUAUUCACUUCCAUUUCAUUCCGCGCGGUCGCAAACAUUUGGCGGCAUCUGGGAGGCCUGAGUGA